CACUCGGCAAGGGAGCUGCCUCCUUCCCCUGCCCCUGCUUCCCGCAUCGCCUAUAAAUCCCGCGCGUGGCUGCCGGGGGACAAUUCGCGGAGAGACGGCGUGCGUGACGAGCAAGGCUGGGAGCGGAGAGGGGUCGCCAUGCGGGUGGCGAUCAUCGGCGCCGGCGUCAGCGGCUUGACCGCCCUCAAGUGCUGCCUGGCCGAGGGGCUGGCGCCCACCUGCUUCGAGCGGAGCCAGGACAUCGGCGGGCUCUGGCGGUACACGGAGCGCAUCGAAGAUUGCAGGCCCAGCCUCUACGCCUCGGUGGUCAGCAACACCUCGAAGGAGAUGUCGGCCUUCUCGGACUUCCCCUACCCCGAGGACUUCCCGGUGUUCAUGCCCCACGCUCGCCUCCUGGAGUACCUCCGGCGCUACGCGGAGCACUUCGGCCUCCGCCAGCACAUCCAGUUCGGGACCGCCGUCGUCAGCGUCCGGAAGCGCCCCGACUUCGCUGCCACCGGCCAGUGGGACGUCGUCACCGAGACGGACGGGACGCGGGCGUCGCACGUCUUCGACGCCGUGAUGGUCUGCAGCGGCAACUUCUGGGAGCCCACCCUCCCGCUGCAGUGCUUUCCCGGCAUUGAGAAGUUUCAAGGCCAAUACUUUCACAGCCGGCAGUACAAGCAUCCAGACAUGUUUCAGGGGAAAAGAGUCCUCGUGGUUGGCAUGGGGAACUCAGGAGUGGACAUUGCCGUGGAGGCCAGCCGCAUAGCUGCAAAGGUGAUGAUUUGCACUGGCCGAGGUGCCUGGGUAUUCAGCCGUGUAUUUGACCACGGCUACCCAUGGGACAUGAUUUUCAACACUCGCUUUAUGAGUCUGGUUAGGAACAGCCUCCCAGGGGCCCUCACACGAGGCUUAAUCAGCCACAAGGUGAACCAGCGGUUUAAGCAUGAAAACUAUGGCCUUCAGCCAGAGAACAGCUGCCUGGUACGUGAGCCUGUGUUGAACGAUGACUUGCCAAGCUAUAUCCUCACGGGGAAGAUCACCAUAAAGCCAGGCGUGAAGGAGUUCAAGGAAAACUCAGUCAUUUUCUACAACUGCCCUGAAGAGGAGCCUAUUGAUAUUGUCGUCUUCUGCACAGGCUACAACGUUUCUUUCCCAUUCCUUGAAGAAGCAGAUAUCAAGGUGGAAAACAAGCAUGCAUCCCUCUACAAAUACGUGUUCCCAACUCAUUUGCAGAGGCCCACCCUGGCUGUUCUUGGGCUGAUCAAGCCACUUGGAGCAAUCAUGCCUGUGACAGAGAUGCAAGCACGCUGGGUGACUCGUGUCUUCAAAGGCUUGUGUCAGCUGCCUCCUCGGUCUGUCAUGGAGAAUGAAGUAAUGGAGAAGAAGAAAAACAAAGUUCGGUGGUUUGGCCUGUCCUUUGAUGAAGUCCUCAAAACUGAUUGCCUCGUGUAUUCAGAUGAGAUUGCCUCCUUCAUUGGUGCGAAACCCAACGUGCUGGCACUGCUCUUCAGAGAUCCCAAGCUGGCCCUCUCCAUUUUCUUUGGCCCCUGCACCCCCUACCAGUUCCGGCUGCAAGGCCCUGGGCAAUGGGAUGGGGCACGACAAGCCAUCCUUACCCAGUGGGACCGGAUCCUGAAGCCAACGAGAACGCGAGUUACCAGCAGCUCUUCCAGUGCCUGGCCAUCUUUCCUUACUCUGUUUGGGUUUCUUCUGCUCAUGGCAGCAGUGUUUUUUGCUUUCCAGUAGCCCUGAUGUGAUUUAAAAGCCUGUUUUUUUGUCCUGGGGAAUGUAAUCUCAGAUCAGACAGCUCCACAGGGUGUGCCAAGAGCGUGGAGGAUGAAAGGGAUUGCAACAGACAAGGAGAACAAGUUUAAAAUUUUAACCAAUAGCACCUAAAUUCUCUCUCCUGUAGCUUCAUCUUUGUGGGCCUGCUUAGCUGACGAAGCUGGUCAUGCCACCCUUCCCCCCUUCUUGCCCCCAAGCAUUUUCCCCUGUCGCCGUGCUCCUCUCUGACCUGCCCCCAUUGCUGCUGGUGUGAUCACUGCUCGCUAACUUACUCUGCAAAGCAUGUCUGAACAGCUCCAACUAAGCUCCUUGUCCAGACUGGACUGACCUACAGGCAGACUACACAACCUGCAAGAAUUGCUUCGAACACUGUUGUUGAACCUGCAGCCAGAAAGUAAAACAAAUGCCUAGCCCUGCUGCAAAUCGGCCACGAAUUGGUGUCUUUCAAAGAGGCUUUAGUCCUGCAAGAAGCUACCUGGACCGGUUACGCAGGUCGGGCUGUACCUUCUUAGGACCUUAGAGCUUAGGAGCCGAAACACUUAAGCUGGGUUGAACUGGUGCAUCUUUUCAGUGAAGGGCCCUGCGUUUCACCUCUCUCCCGCCCUGGGCGCUUGUUCGGGAGGCAGUGGCUAGGACCUGAGUAAAGCUGGGCGGUCUUAGCUUCCCCAAGAUGGUGCAAUUCCUGGGCUUGCUUUCUGUAUGGAGAGUCUUUUGCACAAUAAAAGCUUUAUCAGCAGGA